GUACCUAUCUAUCAAAAACUAUAAAAAUAAAAUUGAAACAAAGUAGAAAAAUAUAGUCAUUGAAUCUGGUGUUGUGCUUUUUCUGCGACGUGAAAUAUGAAAUAAAAUUUGAUACCUACUAAGUAUAUAGGUACAUUAAACCAUCGUCUAUUGUUGAUACCAAAAAACUAGUUUUCUUAAUUUAUUCGUGUUAAAAAUGUUGAAUGUGUUAAUUUGGAUACAAACAUCGUUGAUUUUACUAGCUACGUUAGCAAUUGCUGAUGAAGGAUGCACAUUCGAGCUAAACAGAAACAUCCCAAAAUCAUCGCUAAUCCUGAAAAACCAACCAACCCCACAAUUCCUGUACCCAGACCAACGUAACCAAAUUCACAUCGCCAAAGACGCCGAAAUUCGAAUAUCCUGCGCUGAUAAAUACCUCGAUAACGUUUUCUACGCCAAAGAAGUAACCGCAAAAUGCAUCAAAAACGACUCAAUACGAAUAAAAUACCAUAUUCUGGGUAAAAAAGAUACCCAACUUGAUAAACUGGAAUGUAAAGCGAAACCCCAACUUGCGUCUCGUUCGACUGGAAAACGAUGUUAUUCGAACGGAGUCGUAAAUGAGAUAGGCUACCAACUGGGUAAAUCGUUUUUGAAAAUAUUCUCCAUCUGUUGGGAUGACUUUGAAGAAAAAACUGUGUACUCGUGGUACGAGACUAGUAAAUUGCACCUGGGUCGAGAGGAAAAGAUAAAGAAUACCGCUUACGAAGGCAGCCAAUCGUUUAGUUUUCCUAUCGCCGAUGUUUACGAAUUCUCUUAUCAGAAACGAUUGUUUACGAAAAUUCUCAGAUCUGAAGAUUUAGCUGAUCGGUAUAUAGCAAAUAAUAAUUUAUUCAUCAUUGAAAAAAGUCCGCUGGUGUCGAAGAACGAAUUUAUCUACGGACCGGAGCAGAUUGCGACGUUUCAUUAUAGGAAUACUGCUCCACUGUGGAGUAUUUUCAAAGAUGGUAAUUGGGCUAAGGUGGAGAAAUCUGUUAACGAAUUUAUCGCUCGGGCUGAAAAUAAAGACAAGUACGGAGUAGCAACUGGCACUUACGAUAUCGCAACUUUACCCAAUUUAUUCAAAGAAGAACAGCCUCUUUACAUGUUCACCGAUCAAUACGACAAUAAAUACCUCCCAGUGCCGAAAUAUUAUUGGAAAAUAUUAUACGAUCAUUCGAGCAAAAAUGGAAUCGUGUUUGUCGGUCUACAUAACCCUUUUGUACAAAAAGAAAAACUCAACGAAUACGUAUUCUGUGCGCAGAUCUGCGAUCAAGCACCUUGGCUUAAAGUAGAUAACGUUCAUCAAGAUCGAGGAUACGUAUUUUGUUGCGAUAUGAAAGAAUUUUUACUAGUAACCAAAUACGAGAAUAUGUUCGAAGUGUAAAAUUAUCUACAAUUGAUCUAUCUACAUAUGCAUUUUUUAUACAGAAAUAAAUAAUUUCAAUUCUUUUUCUUUGAAA